AACCAUCCUCUACCUAUUCCACCAUAACAGGAAUCAGAGAAUCAACAAACCCCAACAAUUUCAUUUGUCCUUUUUGGAAUUUGGGAGUAAAAUUUUUAUGGGUUCUUCACCACUUUCGAAAUCGACAGCACAUACAACCACGAAAACAAACCACAUUAACAUAAUUCUUAAUCGAUUAUUCUCCUUCCCAUUAAUCUCUCUGUAAAAAUGGAUCAAACGAACACUAAAUCUUCCAGCAGCAACAAAACGGGCUAUUGUCUUCCAACCAUCUCCAAUCGAUCCGCAAUGGGUGACUUCAAGCGUGUAAAGAGCGCUAAAGAUUUAUUAGUGAGCUCAAGUUCGGAGGAUGGAAGCAAAAGAAAAAAGAAUCCACAGGUGGUGUGUUUCGGAGAACUUUUGAUCGAUUUUGUGCCCACAGUCUCCGGUGUUUCACUGGCGGAGGCUCCGGGAUUCAAGAAAGCUCCCGGCGGCGCUCCGGCGAAUGUUGCAGUUUGUGUAUCAAAAUUGGGAGGAUCUGCAGGAAUGAGAUUUGACAAACAAGCAAGAACCGCAUUAGCAUUUGUAACCCUAAGAGCCGAUGGAGAACGUGAGUUCAUGUUCUUCCGCCAUCCAAGUGCCGAUAUGCUUCUCACAGAGGCAGAACUUGAUACAGAUUUGAUCAAAAAGUCAACAAUCUUUCACUACGGAUCCAUUAGUUUGAUUGAAGAUCCAUGCAAAUCAGCUCACUUAGCUGCAAUGAAAAUCGCUAAAAAGCAGGAUGCAUUCUUUCAUAUGAUCCUAAUUUGA